UUUACUGUACCAUUUAUCUAAUUAUCUGUUUUGUGUGCUUAUAAUAUUGACUUAUGGUAAAAUCUCCGUCUGUUCCGAAAUACUUGAAGUUCAAAGUUUGUCCGAAGUCAAACUUCUUUAACCUUGACCAAAUCUACAGAAAACCAUACAAACAUUACAACACCACAUUAGUUCAUUAGAUUAACCAUAAAAUAUAUUUUCAUACUACAUAUGUUUGAUGUUGUAGAGGGUAGGCCUGGCACAGUGGUGAAGUCCUCCCCACUUGUGCCAAGAGGUCCUGGGUUCGAACCAGCCUCUCUGCAUUGCACUUCGCAGGGGUCAGACUGGGUUCCUAUAAUCCCUCCCUAGACCCCACCAUGUGUGGGAGCUUCUAUGCACUGGGUCUGUCUUUUAUAUGUUUGAUGUAGAUAUUAGCAAAAUUUCCUGUACACUUGGUCAAACUUAAAGAAGUUUGACUUAGGGCAGACCUAGAACAUCUAGUGUUUUGGAACGGAGGGAGUAGUUUAUCAGCAACUCUUUACUUUGUGUGUUUAGUACUUCCAAGUCCAAUAUUUAUUUUUAAAUCUCAUAUACUUCGAACUGGAGGUACACCAGAAAUAUUUUAUGUUUUUCUUGUUCUUGUUUAUAGAUAAAAGGUAUAUACCUGUUUAUCAGUACUAUACAGAAAAUUAUGCAUACAAUUUCCAAAAAGCUAUCACAUGCACACAACAUCUCAUGACCCAAGGGUUGGCGACUUAUACAUUGUCUGCAUGUUUAUCUAGCUACUAACCUUCUACUAGUACCGACAGUAUGCAACUGGAGACUCGCUGGGAACCACCACCGUCCAUUUACUAGGAUCAGGAUGAUGAUAUAUGUGGGCAUGUGGUUACAAACCUGCUUUUAGAUUCCCACAGCUGUGUGCGGCUGCAUUCCAAUAUGUAGUUAGGUACUUAGGUCUCUCAAUAGAAAUGCACGGACACAAUUUUUCCUCUUCUGGUUCGGGACCAUCCUACUCCUGCCUUGGUUUUCCUUGGUGCAAAAAGAACGAUGAUGGUUUCAUGAGAAUGGUGCCUUGUCCAAUGAAGAAACAUGGGACAAGCUAGCAGCCUCCAAUUUGGUUGUUCGGGGAAAUGGACGGUGGGCACUAGUCUUGCCUAGAGAGUUGAAGCAUAUAACAUCUGAUGUUCUUCUUCUAGAUCAUCCUGCCAAGGAUGACGACAAAUAAGAUACUGCAUCACCAGGAGCUACAUGGCCAUCAAUCCAUCUCUGAUGUUUCAGGCAUAGUGGAUGACACCUUGGGAAAGAGUCCCUUGGAUAGGCAGGAUACACUGAAAUACAGGGUGUUUGCUAGUACGUGGAAUAUCGGUGGCAUAGCACCAACAAAUGAUCUGGACUUGGAGGAUUGGUUGGAUACAAGAGCUAACUCCUACGACAUCUAUGUUCUAGGGUUCCAAGAAAUAGUGCCACUGAAUGCAGUAAAUGUGCUUGGUCCUAGCAAGAGGUGUAUCUCUACAAAGUGGAACUCACUAAUUGGGAAGGCACUAAACAAAAAGAAGACACGAGAUGGAGCACAGUUGCAGCAUACGACUACAAAUAGUAGUGCAAUGGAAAGCUUUGCACAAGAGGGGUGCUUUAUAUGCAUCAGGAGCAAGCAGAUGGUGGGCAUCUUCACCUCAGUCUGGGUGAGAAGCAAUCUUAGGUCAUACGUUAACCAUCUGGAUGUGUCAUGCGUUGGUUCAGGUAUCAUGGGCUAUCUAGGGAACAAGGGUUCAGUAUCAGUUCGAUUUAUGCUGCAUGAGACGAGCUUUUGUGUUGUUUGUUGUCACCUGGCUUCAGGUGGCAAACAAGGGGAUGUGCUGCUGAGGAACUUUGAUGCAGCGGAUAUACUUGCAAGGACGAGAUUUCAUGGUGGUGGAAAUAAAAAACUGCCAAAGAAAAUCCUCGAUCACGACCAAGUAGUUUUGCUCGGUGACUUGAAUUAUAGGAUAUCACUGGAAGAGCCUGAGACAAGGUUGCUGGUGAAAGCUAAGAACUGGUCCACCCUGUUAGAGAAUGAUCAGCUAGUGUCCGAAUUCUCAACGGGGCGGCUUUUUGAGGGCUUUCAGGAAGGGGCGGUCACCUUCUCUCCCACCUACAAGUACCAGCCAAACUCUGACCAGUACUACUGGUGCUUCGAAGCAGCACGGGGGGAGAAGAAGCGUGCUCCCGCAUGGUGUGAUCGCAUUCUUUGGCGCGGCAAGGGCCUGAAACAAAUCCAAUAUGGGACCUGCGACUACAAGUUGUCAGACCACCGGCCGGUGAGAGCGGGCUUCUUUGCCGAGUGCAGGAUCAAGGGAGAUGCGGAGGACUCUAUUGGUGGCUUCAUGCGCUGAACUCUGCAGAUAACCGAUGGUCGAGAUGGAUGUUAUGCACCAUUUCAACCAGAGGCACUGCGGUCCCAUCUAAAACAUGGAACAAACACGGACAUAGCAAGCGACAAACCAUGAUGAAUUUUGACCAGAUAUUGAACGUUCAUUGGCAACCAGUGUGCAAUUGGGAAGUAGACUAGUCUGAUGUUCUUAUCAGUGACGCUGUAUAAAUUUUUUGUUCUCUCAUCCCCUUAAGUCCGUCAGGCUUAUGUCUUCUUUAAGUUUCUUUUCUAUUUACCGGGCAAGUAUUUUUGUACACAUUAUUGCUAAAAGAAAUUAGGAGUUUUCCAGUUGAAUA